GUGACCCUCAGCAUGUCUCAACCUCAAUUCUCUUCGCUCUGUGCCGGAUAUGAGCAAGUCAGUGCUUUUGACAUCAACGAGGAGUAUGAGGAGGAAGAGAUUUCCUACGUGACCCUUGAUCUGGGAAACGUGGACACGACUUUGAUCCCCAACUCGUCAACAUAUCGACUAAUUGGUCUGGACACUCCAACACCGUUCCUUCAAUUGUCUGGGACAGUGCUCAAGGGCAGGCACGAUGAGAUGCUGGGCACAGAGUUGCUCUUCGUGGACGAAGGGAAAGACAGAAAUAGAAGUGCCAUAAUGCACGUGGCUAAUACUGAACAAAGGAUAUGCUUCAAGCAGGUGCAGCUCCAGCCCAAAUCCUCCGUCUCCAGAUUAUCCGACUCAGGAGCGAGACUGACCGUCGAGCAAAUCACCGGAAAUGCACCCAUAUUAGUUUCCAAAUCGAAAAAGGAGAAGGUGGCGGGGAAAAACGCCCUACCCCAUGAGGGACAGACUAUGGCAAUGGAGGAUGUAGAAAUGGCUGAUGAUGUGGCUAUGUAACAAAUCGCUAUGUCAUGUAAUCACUGAUUUGCCCUCUAAAUUUCUGGUGCUGUCCCGCCACUUUUGAGGAUGCCGCGGCCGUUUCCGCCUCAUGUGGGACAGACAUCGGAGCUCGUCCACAAGAUUUCCUUGCGGAAUCCGGCCAAUAAAAAGCUCAGCAAAAAGGGCACCGCUUACCUUCAACAAAUGGAUAACCCUACGAAACCGUUGGAAAUGUUGCGUGUAGUUGCACGGCGUGUGUCCAAAGCUGAACGCGAUGAGCGCAUGGACAUAACGCAGGCACUAACUCCCGUGAAACAAUACAUGGCCGGCUUCACGCGACCAGGCGACUUGCGUUCGUCCAACUGGUUUCCUGGUGGUGCUUAUCUUACCCGAAACAAGAAAUACGAGGAACCCCCUGAAGAGGCGUACCGUCCGCACACUGUCUAUAUCCUCGAGUCCCGUUACGACGUACGGUAUGGUCACGGACGACCAGAAGCCCCCGAGUACAUCUACGGCGCAUGUCGCGAGGAAGACUUUUCAUCAGCGCUCAAGAAUUACAACUCAAAGAACGCUCCCCGUGAAACGCUCGACACCAUGGACAACGCGCGCUGGCCUUCGGGUCCUCAGUCUUCGAGGCUUAGGCGAACGGCUUGGUGGACCAGCGCAACGGAACUGAACACGGUUCUGAUGGAGCUAGGAAGGGAACCAGCCUCGAAUUCGAACGCGGUGGAGGGAGACACCCGGCAUACAAGUCCAUUCCAACAAGCUACCAGCUCCAAAUCUCCCGCUUCCCUUCACACUUCCCAUGCGACGCCAGUGACCUACUCCAAGAAAAAACGCGCGAUUGUCAGCCGAGGCGAAUACCUGGCGACUCUAGACGAUCGACCAUUCUGGAGGCCCCUUUUUACUGCGACCUUUGCUACCCGGCCACUUGCCCUCAGUUAUUUGCGACUGAUAAAGGGCCGAGCGACAGGCACGCCCUUCUAUGUGGACAUACCAGAACGCCAAAGUGCGCUGUCGUUCGGAACUUGUAUGCGACAAACCCGGCUGCAUCGAGCAAUGGACCUCGUCGUUACCAUGACUGAGCUCUUGGGCGGCGCUCGCGGUGGUUUUGUCGGGAUUCGUUGCGACCCAAGCGGGUAUGGGCGAGGGAUUGGUGGCGAAGGGCUUGACAGGCCGCUUCCACAGCGAAUACGGAGCAUACAGGUUGGGAUCGGUCGGUGGACGCCUCUGGCUUUGGAACUCAAGGCCUUGCUAAGGCACAGGUUGGAGACGAGUGCCGUAGGGGAGGACACAACGGAGAUAUUCAUUUUGGACGAGCAUGGCGAACGACGAAGGAAAGAUGGGGGCGAUAUCGUUCCAUGGCGCCCGCGUGAGCUGACAUCGACAGACACACUUGUCCAGCAGCAGUGGUAUAUGGACUUCAGGACCCUUAAGACUGCUGCUUCCAGUUUCCUCCGCUAUUCGCAAGCAUUCACUGGUUCACCCACAUCUCAAACUUGGGGCUUCGUUGGUGAAGACUCUCUCGCAGAGCCUAAACCCGUCCCAGAGACUGCGACGGAAAAGGAGGAAGACGACCAGAACCAUGACGAAAGUGAGGACGACGAAGGCUAUCGGAGUGAAGAGGACGAGCUUAGCUCUGACUCGUCUCCUCCUGUCGUCUUUGUUCGAUCUCCGCACCCAUCAGUUUCUCCAGGCAGUGUUAUUUCCUCCCUGAGUCAGACCCUCAGGGACAACCCGCCAUCGGACAUCGAUGUUGACCUGUUACCUCCUUUCGUGCUGUGUUCCCCGGCUGGAGAACCCAUUUAUGGCCCGCGAGACGAUCGAGGGCAGAUUGUCAUGGACCAGAUGGAUUUCAAGCUGCCAUGGCAUGUAGCUAGGGCAUUGGUGCAGCAUCGUCUCGAUUCCAUCUGUUCAUCUAAGAUGCAGGAACUUGCAUCCGUGGCCGCAGUGUCGCACAGCUCUGUCUUUUACCCCGUCUUAGGGUACGAGGAAGGUAGACUUGCUGAUGCUUUGUAUAACUGA